AUGUCAAGUAGUGGAAUGUUCUUAGGAAAAUGGAUCAGAGACUCUCAGCCAUCAAUCUCAGCAGAAAAAGCUUGGUCCAGCCUUUUGUACUGUGUGAGCAGAGUGAAGUCCUGGGCUGACUCCUUUGGUGAAGAUUUGUAUUAUAUUGUCACAAAAUAUUCUGGUUCUCUCUUAUUACAGAAGAAGUAUAAAGACGUGGAACCAAAUCUAAAGAUCAAAGAGGUAGAUGGCUUGGAGCUGGUAAAGUUAUUCUCUAAAGAAAUGGCAAGAAUGCUACAUAGAAAAGUAGAAGCUGUUGAGCGGUUAGUUGAAGCUGCAGAAGAUGCUGAUGUUUAUCAUGAAUACAACUCCUCAUUACAGUUUGAUUAUUACAAUGCUGUUUUGAUUAAUGAAAAGGAUGAAAAAGGUAAUUAUGUGUCACUCGGGAAUGAAUUCAUUCUGGAGCCAAAUGAGCAUUUCAAUAAUUUGCCAGUGAACACAACAUCCAGUAAUAUACAGCUUCCAACCAAUGUCUAUAACAAAGACCCCGACAUUGUGAAUGGAAUUUACAUGUCAGAAGCCUUAGAUGCUGUUUUUGUGGAGAACUUUGAACGAGACCCAACUCUCACAUGGCAGUAUUUUGGCAGCACAACAGGAUUCUUCAGGCUUUAUCCAGGAAUAAAAUGGAUACCAGAUGAAAAUGGAGUCCUUUCCUUUGACUGCAGAAAUCGAGGCUGGUAUAUCCAGGCAGCUACAUCACCCAAAGAUAUUGUGAUUGUGGUGGACAUCAGUGGAAGCAUGAAGGGUUUGCAUCUUACCAUUGCUAAACACACUGUUGUCACUAUAUUGGACACACUGGGAGAAAAUGAUUUUGUCAAUAUUAUUGCUUACAAUGACUAUGUUCAUUACAUUGAGUCAUGUUUCAAGGGAAUCCUGGUUCAAGCUGACAGAGAUAACAGGGAGGUCAGUAUUAAACUUGAAAAGACAUUCUCUGCUGAAUAUGGCAUAGAUGCAGGACAAGGAGGCCUUUGCAACCAAGCAAUCAUGCUGCUCACUGAUGGAGCUAUGGAAGAUUAUGAAUACGUCUUUGAAAAAUUCAACUGGCCUGAUCGUAAGGUCCGUGUUUUUACAUACCUUAUUGGGAGGGAAGUCAGUUUUGCACAGAAUGUGAAAUGGAUAGCUUGUAACAACAAAG